GGGCCGUUUCAUUCGGUCUUCGUAUCGUUGAGGGGACUGCUUUACACGCACGGUGGGCGCAUUUACGCCAUACGAAAGCUACUGACCGCUUCUCAUCACUUGUGUACAGAAAUUGAAGAAUUGUGAACGAAAAAAAAUCCAGUUUCAAAAAUGGCUCUGUUUCGUUUUACCACUACAAAGCUCCAAGAAUCGCAAAGAAUUAUUCCUCAAAUAUCCACGAUUUUGAGGCAAAUGAGCAGUACAUCGACGGAUUUAAAGGCGGUGUUGUCGACGAAAGUUCCCAAGGAACAGGAAAAAGUAAAGAAAUUCCGUAAAACUCAUGGAAAUACCAAAGUUGGAGAAGUAACCGUAGAUAUGAUGUACGGUGGAAUGAGAGGAAUUAAAGGUCUCAUUUGUGAGACUUCCGUUCUUGAUCCGGAUGAAGGUAUCAGAUUCCGAGGAUAUUCAAUUCCGGAGUGCCAAAAACUUCUACCCAAAGCGGAAGGUGGUAGCGAACCCUUACCAGAAGGUCUUUUCUGGCUUCUAGUCACUGGGGAAAUCCCCACAGAUGCUCAAGUUAAAGCGUUAUCUAAAGAAUGGGCCGAUCGUGCCGAAUUACCACCUCACGUCGUUACCCUUUUAAAUAACCUCCCCAAUAAGGUACAUCCGAUGUCGCAAUUUUCAGCUGCUGUAACCGCUUUGAACAGCGAGAGCAGAUUCGUUAAGGCGUAUACUUCCGGUGUACAUAAGACCAAGUAUUGGGAGUACAUUUAUGAAGAUAGUAUGGAUCUCAUCGCUAAGUUACCUGUCAUUGCGGCUACCAUUUAUCGGAAUACUUAUAAAGAUGGUUCCGGUAUUGGAGCUAUUGAUACUUCGAAAGAUUGGGCUCAUAAUUUUACCACCAUGCUCGGUUAUGAUAACCCCGAUUUCAUUGAAUUAAUGAGACUUUAUCUUACAAUUCAUAGUGAUCACGAGGGUGGAAAUGUUUCUGCUCAUACAACACAUCUUGUUGGUUCAGCUUUAAGUGAUCCUUAUUUAUCAUUUUCUGCUGGCAUGAAUGGUUUGGCUGGGCCACUUCAUGGAUUAGCCAAUCAAGAAGUAUUGGUUUGGUUACAAAAAUUAAGAGAAUCGGUUGGAGAUAAAUACACGGAAGAAGGAUUAAAAGAUUUUAUUUGGAAAACAUUAAAAGGCGGACAAGUUGUACCCGGUUAUGGACACGCUGUGUUAAGAAAAACAGAUCCUCGUUACACGUGUCAAAGAGAAUUUGCUUUGAAACAUCUACCAAAUGAUCCAUUAUUCAAACUUGUAUCUGAUGUGUUUAAAGUAGUACCACCAAUUCUAUUGGAACUUGGCAAAGUAAAGAAUCCAUGGCCAAAUGUUGAUGCUCAUUCGGGUGUUCUCCUCCAAUAUUAUGGUCUUAAAGAAUCGAGUUAUUACACCGUUUUGUUUGGAGUUUCCAGAGCGCUGGGUGUUUUAGCUUCGUUGAUUUGGGAUCGUGCUUUAGGUUUGCCCAUUGAAAGACCAAAAUCCCUUUCGACUGACGGCUUAAUGACGGCCCUCAAGGCAUCAUAAAUCAUACCGAUAGCGGGUGAAAACCACACAAUAAAAAAAAACAGAGCGCAAAUUAAUCGUAAGCCCACCCAUUCGUACCGCGGUCAGUAAGCCCCCUCCUUCACAAAACGCGUCAUCAAUUUUUAUUUUUAAAUGCAGUAAGAGUUAGAAGAAAAUUCUUUGUUCAAUAAAUAAAAGAAGAAACAAAUUUUGAUACAAUUUUGGAAUAACAUCAACAACUCGAGAGUACAAAGGAUUUUUUUGUUUUUGUAAUAGGUCGCACCGUUGGGCCCCGUCGCGGUUUCCCCCGGCAAAUAUCGCUGUACAUUUCGUCCGUUUAUUGCUCUAUUUAUUGAUUCGGGGUCGGGGGGCCGCGGCCUGGGCUCAACGUCAUAGAGGCGCCUAAACAAAUUUUUUUUUGUUGUUAUGUAAAGUAGGAGUGUGAGUAGUGUAAAAACGGUUUCCUUUUCAACGAAAGAAAACGGUUUCGUAUGUCUCCUGUUUUUGGACUAAACGUUACAUCCUGUUUUAGCUGUGACGUUUUUUUCUUUUAUUUUUUUUUUGUAGAUCGUGUAUGAUCGCGAUAAAGACAAUACAAAUGUGUAACAACAUCUU